UACAAUACCAACAUAAAAGAGGAUAGCGACCGGCCCUCAUUCAGUCAGUUGGUCUCGGAAUCUGGCCACAGCGCUACGUCGUGCGUGUCGCCGCAAUCUUAUAAUAUAACAAAUCACGUAUAAAUUAUACUAAGAACACGCUUGUAUUUAAAAAAAUAUAUUUAAGUGCCACAUACAGCUACCUAAUUUGCAUUCAAAACUCACCGUGUUACUUUCGAAGAAACUUUACCUGCAGUCGCGUACGGACAUCUGCCGAUGCAAUAUGUUGAAGUCAGUGGCUCUGGUACUUUUAGUAGCGACGUGUGUAAGCAGUCAAUGUUUCUCCAAAGAUGAUUCAUCUAAGAAGUUGGAUCCGGGGGCGAGGACAUCCUUGUAUUCAGGACAAUUGGCGUUCACACUGAACCUGUUUCAGACAAUUAAUAGCGCGGUUCCCGACGAUAAUAUAUUCUUCUCACCCUUUUCUGUAUAUCAAUCCUUAUUACUCGCCUACUUUUCUACCGGUGGCCGAACUGAAGAAUCUCUAAAGAAAUCGUUGGAAAUUGAAGAUAACAUGGACAAGAUGAACUUGAUGACCGCGUACAAGGUAGACAAGAGGUCUCGCAUGACGAACAACAACAGCGAUAGCUAUGAGUUCACCACCGCCAACAAAUUGUUCGUCGCAAACGAGCUGCAAGUGCGCCAGUGCAUGUUUGACCUCUUCGGAGAAGAAAUUGAAGCGUUGAACUUCCGAGAAAACCCCGAGGUCAGUCGUGAAUACAUCAACAAUUGGGUUGAACGAAUUACUAAAAACCACAUCAAGAAGUUGUUGCCCGCUGACGGAGUGAGCGAAUUCACGAAAUUGGUGCUUGCGAAUGCCGCUUACUUCAAAGGAGUAUGGGCAUCGAAGUUUUCCCCUGAAAGAACCAAAAAGGAACCUUUCUUUGUUUCUGAAACCCGACAGACGCUUGUGCCUUUCAUGAAGCAGAAGGGAACUUUCCACUACGGUGUAAGCGAAGAGCUGGGCGCCCAAGUCCUGGAACUGCCUUAUAAGGGUAACGACAUUAGCAUGUUCAUCCUCCUGCCACCGUACUCCAUGAAAGAAGGUGUUACCAACAUCAUCGCCAACUUGAAUACUGAACGCCUCGCUGCAGUUAUGGAAGAGAGCUACAUGAGUCGAGAAGUUAUUGUCGAAAUCCCCAAAUUCACCAUUGAAAGAACUCUAUCACUUAGACCUAUUCUGGAUAGACUUGGUGUCGGCGAUCUCUUCAACGUUAGUGCAGAUUUCAGCACUCUUACAGAGGACUCCGGCAUUCGAUUCGACGACGCCGUGCACAAAGCGAAAAUACAAAUUGACGAAGAAGGCACUGUAGCGGCUGCGGCCACAGCUCUGUUCGGGUUCAGGUCGUCGAGGCCGGCAGAGCCCACUCGCUUCAUCGCCAACUUCCCGUUCGUCUAUCUUAUUUACGAACGUCCCACCAAUUCUAUUCUUUUCUUUGGAGUCUACAGGGACCCUAAGAAAUAAAUACUUAUACAUAAAUUAUUAUGAUUUACCUAACAGAAACUCCUACUCGUUUUCAAUAUGACAACACUCUCUGUGAUGCUUACGCAAUAUCUUUACACAUUGUGAUAAGUGAUCUUUUAAUAUUCGAUUGUAAUUUUGUUGCGUGUAUAUUUAAGUGCUGAAACUAUUUAACCAACUUCGUUGUACGUUAAUUCUAGCACCUUUUUUCUGAGGUAUUUAUUUAUAAUAUACUGUCUAAUAAUAAAAAUAGUAGGUCCAAUUCAAAAUAACUUUUGCUAAUAGAGUUGAGAAUUAAUAUAUUAGUAUCUAAUAUAAGCUGGGCGGUCUUUCGUAUGCCAAAGUCCGUAGAUACAUGUGGGUAUCACUGCUUUGUCGAUUACUGCGGCGAAGCAACAGUGUGCGGAAGCGGUGCCGUGCAGUAUUUUAGCGUGGGUGUGAUACUGUGCGACCAGUUCCUGUGUCUCAACAUGAAGUUGUAUAAAGAUAUUUGUUUAUUUAUUUUUAAUGAUAACUGAAGUACUUCGUAUCGUUUUGUGUCAUCAGCUAUAUUUAUGUUUAUCACCUUGUGUUAGUAUUGUUUCGUAGGUCUAAAUACCACAUAUAUUUAAUUUAAAUCUAUUAUAAUUAGGUAAGUAACAUUAAGUAAUUUGUAAAAUUAUUUUACUGAAAUAAGUUUAAUCAAUAAACCUAUUAAUACUGUAA